AUGCUUCAACCAGCAGCCAUCACGGCGCUGCUAUCGCAGUUGAUCAGAGAGGAUCGCGCCGAUUCGACAUCCGUGCGUCCGCACACGGCGCUGCUCACGCUCGUCGACUCGUCUGAACUCUAUGCUGUUGCAACCAAAUUGGUGGAUGCACCACCGAGUCGAUCUGCUGUUGCUUCUAUCUUGGCCAGCACGGCUGCAGCUGCGGGAACGGCACCACCACCGCCCACACACAUAUCGACCGGCCGACCGGCACCAUUGACGCUGGACGAGCGGGCGGGUUGUCUGUCUGCUAUUGCCGUCACUUCUUGGCGACAAGCCACUGAAGCGCCCCAAGCUAAACCAGGAAGCGGAGGCCAAAUUGUGGUCAUGCCGGGUGCGACUGUCUCGGUGGCGAAACAUGCAGUGACUGGGAUGACGAGUGCCUCGGGGGAGAAAGCGCCGAGUAAAGAGUUGGUGCCUCUCCUGCUCGAGAGCGAUCUGGGAAGGAUUCUGGUCAUGCCCAUUGUACCUUCUGCGCCCAUACUCAGCCCUUCACGGAACGAGCUGGCUGCCGCAGCAAUUGACGAGUCGCACGAUGAUGCACCGAGUUUCGCAGACCAUCGCAAACCUUUCAUGCUCCUCACACUCAAUGCGCCUUCCGACGCACUCUCCGGGAGCAAUGUGAAAGCUGCAUCCACCCCACAGAAUGUCACUGGCAGCAACAACAACAGCAACAGCAACAGCAACACGCUCAGCCCUGCCCUCGCCUCGUCCACCGCCACGCUGUCCGCUAACAACACCGCUCGCUCAAGGUUGCGCUCGGGGGUCACCACGCCGACUUCGACUCGCUCGGACAUCACGCCGACGCCCUCCCGCUCGCCUGUUUCUGACCACUUCCCCAUCACCGCUUCUGGCGGACCACAGGGCGCUUCAACUACUCCAGCUGCUGCGGGAGAAGAAGAUGUCUCACCGAGCCAAUCGAGCGCGGACGCGGACCAAGAUGCACGCGAGGCCAAAGUGUGGUCGGCGCUGUAUGCACAGGCUAAAGCGCUGGCUAGGGUUUUGGCGCCCAGUCUGACCAAAUGUGGAGUGGGGCAGCAUCAUGUUGAUGAUCAUGUCGACGGGAGGCACAGUGGGGCCGUGAGCGACGAUGAUGGUGGUGACACUUGA